AGGGUGUGUGUCGCUCGCUUACUUCGGCUGGUUGGCUGAGGGCAACCCGGCGGGCGCUGCCUUGGGGGCGGGAACCCAGCGGAGCCGCCCGGAGGCGGGAGGGGGGGGGAGGAAAAAAAAAUAACGGUGGUUUCGGACGGCGGCAGCAGCGGCAGCAGCAGCAUCGACGCGAAGGAGGAGAGCGCAGGAGUCAGGCGGGACAAGGUCCGCGUUGGGACCGGCACCCAUGAGUCACCUCCGAGGCCAUUGCGGACGGUGAAGCGAGCUCCUCAAGGCAAGCAGGCAGGCAAGGACGUAGCCGGACCCGCCGCCUACUCGCUCGCUCGCCCGGCCCAGAGCACCGCAGUGGCGCCUUGCAGGAGGCGGCGUCAUGGACUGGCUCAUGGGGAAAUCCAAGGGAAAACCAAAUGGUAAAAAGCCUGCAGCAGAAGAAAAGAAACUGUAUCUUGAACCAGAAUAUACGAAGUCCAGGAUUACUGAUUUUGAAUUCAAAGAAUUAGUUAUAUUACCACGUGAAAUAGAUCUUAAUGAGUGGCUAGCUAGCAACACAACAACGUUCUUCCACCAUAUCAAUUUACAGUAUAGUACCAUCUCCGAAUUCUGUACAGGAGAAUCAUGUCAGACCAUGGCAGUAUGCAAUACACAAUACUACUGGUAUGAUGAGCGAGGAAAGAAGAUCAAAUGUACAGGCCCUCAGUAUGUUGACUUUGUCAUGAGUUCAGUGCAGAAGUUAGUGACGGAUGAGGAUGUCUUUCCUACUAAAUAUGGCAAAGAAUUCCCAAACUCAUUUGAGUCCCUAGUGAAGAAGAUCUGCAAGUAUCUGUUUCAUGUGCUAGCCCACAUCUAUUCGUCACACUUCAAGGAAACACUGGCACUGGAAUUGCAUGGACAUUUGAACACACACACACACACACACACACACAACCAAGACAGCUUAAGCAAGUAUGCUACCACCACAGGACUUGUAGACACAAGGGACUAUAUGGAGUUUUGGUUAAAUGCAUCAUCCUUGGCAAGACGUUGCACCAGUUCUGUGGGGAUUUUUUUCCUUCCCUCCAUUUCUCUCCUGUUUCUUCCUUAUUCAAUGGAUUAUGAGUGCUGUUUUUAAGAGACGAACCACAUUUUUUGAGUUGGGCUACUGCUUUUGUGUUCCUCUCCCCCCCCCCACCCCCAUUCUGUCCACUUCCUUUUGGGAAGUGGUUCUUGUCUUGAAUGCAAGCUCCCUUUUAUCUGUCUCAUUUCCUCUCUAAGAUGGUAGUACUACCAUUUUUUUUUAAAAAAAAGUUGUAAACCGUGACUUAACAUGUAAAGUGGCUUACAUGGGGGGCACAUUGAGACUUGUCUUUGUUUUUACUUCAGUUGACCCUUUUCCUUUCCUUCUCUCAGACCUUUUUCAUCAACCCUUCAUUGGGUUUUAACAGGGAGGAAAAUUGUUUUGGCCCAACUAAAGUAGCAAUAAGGCUUCCAGUGCACUUAAGGAAGGUGGUUCCCUGAUCUCCCUGGCCUCAGUAUGUGGAUCUUGAAAGCACCCACAAAAGUUCUGGUGUUUCUAGAGAGAAAUGCCGGGAGAUAUAGUAGCCAGGGGAGGAAUCCCACCCUGUGGUAAAAGCCAUGACUGCUUUUUUUUCGCCAAAGGGGGCCUGAGACAGGAUGGGAAGGGGGCACACAGUCUGCCACCACUAUGCUAAGAGAGAUGGCUGUUGGCAUAUAAUUAUGUUGUUGGCUUAUUUUAGUUCAUCUGUCCAAUAAUAAUAAUAAUAAUAA